AUGAUGAAUACGACUAUUUACAGUGGUGAUAUUAUUAAUAAUACCACCACUGAGAAAAAGAACAACAACAACAACAACGACGACGACGACAACGACCAAAAGUCAUCCUUCGUUGUCUUGGGAGAUGCCUUUGCGGAUUUGGUAUGUCACCUUGAUGGACCAUUCCCAAAAGAAGCUGGAGGUGAUACCCGCCUCGAGCAUCCCAUUACCACCAUGGCGGGUGGAUCUGGAUUGAAUACCUGCACCCAUCUUUGCAGUCUAGUAUCGGCAGCGGAGUUAUUAGGAAGACAAACUGUUUCCUUGUACACGGCCGUCAAUGAAAGUGAUCCGUAUGGUAUGCUACUGUGCAAUCAUGCCCAAGAACAAGGAUUUGAUCUGCACAAUUGUCAUCCUGAUGCAAGCAAUAGUAGUACUGGCCACUGUGCCGUCUUGGUGGCCAAUGGGGAGCGGUCCUUUUUGACGCAUUUGGGCGUCAUGGAAACCUUUGAGGCAAGGCACAUUGACACGGGUCGCCUAACAUUAUCGUCGUCGAACCAAAAAAUGCUAUUCGUGCACGUGGCAGGUUACUACAACAUUCCCGGAUUUUGGGAUGGCGCACUCAAGAGGACCUUGCAAACGAUUAUUCAAACUAAAAUGAAAGAAGGUGGUGGUGGUGGUGGCGGUGGCGACAAUAAGAACUUGGUCACUUCUUUACUCUGUCAGUACGAUGCCACCGAAGCAUGGGAUGGUCAAUUGAUGGAUCUAUUACCAUUGAUUGACUAUUUGUUUUGCAACGAAGUGGAAGUGGAAAAGAUUGCGCAGGCCACCACCAUGAAAUCACAAAGUCAAGAGUCGCCAUCGUCGUUGUCGUCGUCACAACAGCAUCAACAAGUGGAAUCUAGUUGUAUGGAGGACCUAGAUUCUGAUGAUGAAUCCUAUUGGAUUGACAUGGCCAGGUUCUUUCAAACAACGAGUCCCAGUACAUGCGUAAUUGUCACACUGGGCCCCAAGGGUGCUUUGGCGUUGUAUGGUGGACAAAUUCUGGCUCGGCAAGAGGCGCCAACGUCGGUGGAAAACCCAUUGGAUCCAACGGGAGCCGGAGAUGCCUUUAUCUCUGGCUUUUUGUACGGUCUUUUUGUUGUUCCGGUUGCUGCUGCUGCUACUGCGGACUCAUUAUUGGAGGAUUCUGAUACUGCUACUGCUACUGCCAGCAAAGUUGUUCCUUCGAGAAAAGAGAGCGUCCAACAGGCAUUACAAUAUGGAUGUGCUGUGGGUACAAGCUGCAUUUCGAGAAUGGGAGCCAGCAAUCCUGCACCAAGAGGGGAGAUUGACGAGUUGAUGAAGAAAUACCAUUCCUGA